AUGACUGUCCCCAGAUUAUCUGAAGGUGCUCUUGAGCGAAUUUUAUCUGGCAGUGCAACUGAGCGCCCAACUGUUCAGAUUUUGGCUCAAAAAAAUGUAUCCGCUGAUAAUGUCCAAAGGUACCGGUUCUUACUUUCAGAUGGUAAAUAUUCUUAUCAAUGUUGUAUCAUGAUUGGACCUUUAAUUCAAAGAGUUGAAGCUGGUGAGUUUGAAAGAUACACUGUCAUCAGAUUAAACAAAUAUCUAUGUAAUCAAGCCGGUGGAACUAAGAAGGUCAUCAUUCUAACUGAACCUGAGGUCGUAGUCCCUGGAGCUAGUAUUGGUCGUAAAAUUGGUAACCCAACGCCGUUCGAAGGCUCCUCAAAUGAUACAAGCAUUUCUUCUACUUUGUCUACUGGUGUCCAUUCUGUUUCAUCCACAUCAGAUGCCUCAACAAAUGGUGGAUUCAAAGGUGGUUUUAAAUCAGGAGCAGCUAUUGCUAAACCUUAUAAUGGCUCCAAGCAAGCUGAUCAUAGUAUGAGUGAUUACUCGAUUAAAGAAGAGCAAAUCUGUCCUAUUUCUCAGAUUAGUCCUUAUCAAAACAAGUGGGCUAUCCGUGGACGAGUCACCAAUAAAAGUGCUCUCAAAAGUUGGAAUAAUGCCAAAGGCGAAGGCACAUUGUUUUCUUUCAAUUUAGCUGAUGAAUCUGGGGAGAUAAGAAUAACCGCAUUCCGUACAGAAUGCGAUAAAUAUUUUGAAAUGGUACAAUUGGGCAAAGUUUACACUUUGUCAAAAGCCACAGUUAAACAGGCCAACAAGAAAUGGACUGAUGUUGAGCAUGAGUAUGAAUUGACUCUACAUACCGAUAGUAUCUUAGAGCCCGCUGAUGAUUAUGAUACGAGCUGUCCACAAAUCAACUUCCAUUUCGUUAAAAUCGGGCAACUUGAAUCAGUCCCCGCCAACUCAGUAGUUGAUAUUGUUGGUGUUUGUAGAGACCCUGGUGAGGUAGCUACAAUAAUGUCUAAAAAUUCGGGCAAAGAAUUGAAAAAAAGAGAUAUUUCUCUGGUUGAUGAUUCAGAGACUGAAAUCCGCCUUACCAUAUGGAACACUGAUGCUGAAAAUUUCAGUGCUAAUACUGGCUCUGUUGUUGUCGCCAAGAAAGCUCGUUUAACCGAUUAUGCUGGAAAGAGCUUGUCAACCAUUGGAUCAACUCUUAUUCAAGUCGAUCCUGAUCUACCUGAAGCGCAAGAACUUCGUGGAUGGUUUCAGCGUCGUGGAGCUAACAUUGAACCAAAUCUAUUAUCUGUCAAGUCAGGUGCCGGUGAUUUGAACUCAGGAGAGAGCCAAUAUCUAAAUUCUAUUUCUAAAGAAAAUGUAAUUUCGGCUAUUAACGCUACACUAGUUACGACUUGCAAGGCAACUGUGACCCAAACUGGAAAAGCACAGAUCUAUAUGGCCUGCCCUGAUGGAUGUAAAAAGAAAUUGAUCGAGAUGAAUAAUGGAUUUUAUAAAUGUGAUAAAUGUAAUAAGGAUGUUAUGCAAGGCGAUCAUCGAAUGAUCUUGAACUUUUGCAUUUCUGAUUCCACUAAUUCUGUUUGGGUAACAGCUUUCCACGAAGAAGCUGAAAAACUCAUAGGAAAGAAUGCUAAAGACUUAGCUGAUAUGAAAGAUCAGAACGAGGAAGAAUUUGAGGAAACUAUUGGCUCUUUGAAUUUCAAAACUUUCCAAUUCCGUCUCCGAACCAAAAUGGAUAAUUUCAAAGAGGAAACCCGAACACGAUGUAACCUGAUAUCAGUGGCUCCGAUCAAUUUGAUCGAUUACGCCAAAAAACUUCUCAAAGAGAUUAAUGAAAUGAUUGUUUAA